UUUCCCUCGCCGCAUCAAAUUUCUCAACCGCGACUCUGCGUCCGUCUGACGGCGAACUCUGGUCUCGUCCAGUUUUUUUCUGGUUGAUGAUGGCGUCUAGGGUUCUGUCAGGGAUUGCUAGACGCGCCGCCUCGCGCCGCCUGAUGUCGCCCUUCUCUCGGCAGGGGGCGUUGGAGAGCGCCACCGGCGGCUUCCCUUCUGUAAAGGAAUCGACUUUGACCUCCUCGGCGAAUUCAUCGAUCAAGGAUAUACCAAAUGCUGAAGAAAAAUCUGCCAAAUUCUCCAGAUGGCAAUUGAUCAACACAAACUCUGCAGGUCAACUUAAUAUUUAUGAAAGAAAGCCUGGCAUCUUUCCACAUUUAGUAAGAACAUUUGCAUCAAAUUAUUCCACACAAGCAUCAGAACAAAGGAGAAAUGAGAACAGAAAAGAUAUAUCAACAAUUGAAGAUCCCUUUGAUGCACCUACAUACAACAUUCCAGAAAAGCCAGUGACAUUUACGGAGGGUGCCUCAUACAGUCUUGUAAUACUUGCAGGAUUGGGUGUUGCAGGCGUGGCUGCUUAUGCUGUUUUUAAAGAGUUAAUUUUUGAGCCAAAAGAGUAUAAGAUUUUUGGGAAGGCACUUGAAAGGGUACAAAAUGAUAGCCGGGUGACUGUUAGAAUUGGUCACCCUGUUACUGGAUACGGUCAAGAAAGCAGAAACCGCGCUGCUCGUCAACGAAUCCCUAAUAGAGUUUGGACUGAUGAAGAUGGUGUUGAGCACGUUGAGGUAAGUUUCCAUAUUCGCGGGCCUCAUGGAUUUGGGCAGGCGUAUGCGGAAAUGUUCAAAAACCAAGCUGAUAAGAAGUGGACUUUCACAUACUUGAUUGUCGAGAUUAAGUCUCCAUCUCCUGCCCAGUUAAUGCUAGAGUCUUAUGUGCCUGCAUAAUGUAUGCAAGAGUGUUGCACCAAGGAUGUUUCUCGAUAUCUCCAGGUUUUAACUGUCUGAUACCUGGCUCCGGAGCCAGGAUUCUGCUCAUGCUUAUGUUCCAACUCUCAACAGGGCUGACUGCACAAUGGAUGAUCAAUUCAUGAUCAUUUUACUCCUUGUAUCAAUGUGGAUGGUGAAGCAAGCACUGAUCGAGCCAGAGAUUUUGGCUGAUACCGAUGUUUUGAUUUUUUUUCACCUUCAAUAACACGAACCUUAUUCUUUGAAUUUGAUUCCUUUAACUACUGGUGGAUAAUUUUGCAUCUGCCUUAGCUACUAAAAUAUGAUUUUGUCAAUUGGAAUAAACAAGGCUUGUCGAUGGCAUUGUUCUUAUCCUAGAAUCAAUAUUUGGGUCACAAAUGACAGAACUCAUCUAUUGUG